ACCUUCUUUAUAUGUCCAAAGCACAAACCAGCUGGAUAACCUCACUAUUCCAUCCUCCAUCCUCCACUUCAUGCAGAAAGCUUCGUUUCUGCUGAACAUGGAAGCUUCCUGCUUUAUUGUUCUCGUUUUCGUGCUGAGCUUCUACUGUAGUUCUGGUCAAGGUGGUAAACAAACAUACGUUAUCCAUGUCGAGCGACCCGAGGGCAGGAUACUGGCGCAGUCUGAAGAUUUAGAGAGCUGGUACCGUUCGUUCUUAUCACCAACCAUUAUGAGCUCUGACGAGGAACAACCGCGACUGCUUUAUUCGUAUCGGAAUGUAAUGAGUGGUUUUGCCGCAAGACUCACUCACGAGGAGCUGAGAGCCGUGCAACAGAAAAACGGUUUUAUUUCUGCUCAUCCUGAAAGAAUACUACACCGCCAAACCACACACACACCCGAGUUUUUGGGGUUGCGGCAGCACACAGGAUUAUGGAAGAAAUCGAACUUUGGAAGGGGAAUCAUUAUCGGAAUGAUAGACUCCGGCGCCGUGAUUGAUCACCCUUCGUUUAGCGAUGUAGGAAUUCCACCCCCACCUCGUAAAUGGAAAGGCAGAUGCGUGGUGAUGAAUGCGUCGGCAUGCAACAAGAAGAUAAUCGGAGCGAGGUCGUUCAACAGUGCGGCUAAGGCUAGGGGGCAGAAAGUAGACUCGCCGUUUGAUGAUGAUGGACAUGGAACUCACACAGCAAGCACAGCAGCUGGUGCCUUCGUGGACGACGCCCAAGUGCUCGGAAAUGCCAGAGGCGCAGCAUCAGGAACGGCGCCUUAUGCUCACUUGGCCAUUUACAAAGUAUGUGUCUUCGACGAUUGUCCUGAGAGUGAUAUACUCGCUGGGUUGGAAGCAGCCGUGGAGGACGGCGUCGAUGUAAUAUCAAUCUCUCUCGGUUCAGACGAGCCAACACCGUUCUUUAACGACACCAUUUCGAUUGGCUCGUUUGCAGCGAUUCAGAAGGGAAUAUUUGUAAGCAGUUCGGCCGGAAACUAUGGCCCUACCAGUGGCUCUAUACUUAAUGGAGCACCGUGGCUUCUCACAGUGGGAGCAAGCACUAUCGACAGAACCAUUGCAGCCACUGCAAAGCUUGGAAACGGGGAAGAAUUUAUCGGCCAAUCUGUUUUCCAGCCUCAUGACUUCCCUUCGACGUUGAUGCCACUGGUAUAUGCCGGAAAGAAUGGCCAACAAGAUUCUGCGUUUUGUGCAAACGGGUCCUUGAACGGCGAUGAUUUCAGAGGCAAGGUUGUUUUGUGUGAGAGAGGAGGGGGUAUUGCGAGAAUUGACAAAGGGAAAGAAGUGAAAAGAGCCGGUGGUGCUGCCAUGAUCUUCAUGAAUGAUGAAGCUAAUGGCUUCAGUACCUCAGCUGAUGUUCAUGUUCUACCCGCAACGCAUGUGAGCUACGAUGCUGGGCUGAAGAUAAAAGCCUAUAUAAAUUCUACAGCAACACCAACAGCAACCAUCUUGUUUAAAGGGACUAUCAUAGGAAAUCCCCUUGCUCCUGUCGUCGAAUCCUUCUCUUCACGAGGUCCUAACUUGGUGAGUCCUGGUAUUUUGAAACCAGACAUCAUCGGACCUGGUGUGAACAUCCUGGCUGCCUGGCCAUUCCCACUCAACAAUAUCACAUCUUCAGAACCCAAUUUCAACAUUAUGUCUGGCACAUCUAUGUCGUGCCCUCAUCUGAGUGGGAUUGUAGCUUUGCUCAAAAGCUCUCAUCCUCAUUGGUCGCCAGCUGCUAUAAAAUCUGCUAUCAUGACUACUGCGAACACUCUACAUUUAGGAGGCAAGCUCAUUCUUGAUGAAAAACUUGAGCCUGCAGAUCUCUUCGCCACAGGCUCUGGCCAUGUGAAUCCAUCAAGAGCAGAUGAUCCGGGUUUAGUCUAUGAUAUCGAACCCGAUCAUUAUAUUCUUUAUCUGUGUGGUUUAGGGUACAGUGAUAAGGAAGUUGGGGUCAUUGCUCGCAGAACAAUUAGGUGCUCUGAAACAUGGAGCAUUCCCGAAGGACAGCUCAAUUACCCCUCGUUUUCUGCUGUGCUUGGUUCCUCCCAGACAUUCACAAGAACUGUCACAAAUGUCGGGGAAGGUUAUUCAUCGUAUGUUGUCGUGGUUACAGCACCGGAAGGGGUUGACGUGAAGGUCCAGCCAAAUAAGCUUUAUUUUUCGAAGGUGAACCAGAAACAGACAUAUUCGGUCACUUUCAGCCGAAUUGGAUCGGGUAAUAAAACAAGGGAAUAUGCUCAAGGGUAUCUUCGAUGGGUCUCUGCCAAGCACAAUGUUAGGAGUCCCAUCUCAAUCAAGUUUGAGUAAGAAAUAUGAAGGUCGGUAGCGGCAUCUUGGAACACCAUUGUCAUCAUUUAAAAGUUGUCCUACAACACAUGAACUAUGAAGAACUGCUUUCUUGUGGUCCU